AUUAUAUUAUGGUUCCUACAUACCUUUUCAGGAGACGCGGAGUGUUCCCUUUCUUAAGAAGAUAUUUCCCAUUUUACACUCAAAGUCAGACGAUUUGUCCUACUAGUGCUACUAAAGGAGGAAAGCAACUCGUUUGGAGGGCUCAUCUCAGUGAUACUCUCAAGAUCUCUCCAGGGUAUACUGAUAAGCCUGUUGAGCUUGGAAACUUCCUUUUCUUAAGAACUAGAGAAAAAGAGAUGCUUCAGACUAGGCUCGAUAAGAGAUCUGACUCAGUCAAGUUUGAUAGUUUUGUGACUAAAAGCUUUGAUUCAAAGACUAUAAUGAAGGUUGAUCAAGAAUUGGACCGUGGCUUUAGGAGCCUUAAUGAGUUAUUUUCAAUUAUGAAGACUCUUGGACAUUUAGAUUUUCCAGUCUCAUUUGCUGCUAAUGCUCUUUAUGCUAUGGAGAAGAAUGGAAUUAGAGAUCAAGAUGCUUAUGAGAACAUUCUCUUCCCAAUCCUGAAGAAGAAAGCUCAAUACUUGCAUUCUGAUGGUCUUGCAGGUUCUAUCUGGGCUCUUGGACAAUACCAUUGCAAUGAUGGACAACUUAUUGAAAGAAUCCUUGAAACUUAUAAUGAAAAGAACUUUGGAACUGAUGUAGUGUACGUUGAUAAUGCCCCAUACACAAAUGAGACUUUCUUGCCUGCUGAUAAAUCAUUUGGAUUAGAGUACUAUUCAACAAAUGAAUUCUCAAAAAUGUUCUACAAAAAUCACAUCUCUUGUCUUGAUCUUUGCGAAGGAUUAAAGAGCUUAUCAAAUCAAGGCCUUGAGUCAUCUGCUAAUCAAAGAGUUGUUGAAGUAUUGAAAGAUUUAGAAAGUAGACAACAAAUCACAUCUGACUCAUACUGGUUCUAUAAACAGAUCUCUGGAAGAUCCCAUACACCUGUGACUGCUUAAUCCAUAACUCUGAGUAAAUAAUAUUUCAAUUUUGUUGCUA